GGAGGUGGAGGUGGAGGUAAAGAAGGUGAGGAGGAGGAAGAGGAGGACGAGGGACUCACCGUGGGCCGGGCCUUCUCUCCCUAGGUGAUGCGGUGAAGCAGCAGUGCAGCAGGUGGAUCAUGGCAGAGUUCUCCCAGAAGAGGGGGAAGCACCGAGAUGACAACCCGCUAAGCAGUGCUGUGGACUUCCUCCUGGCCAAUGCCAGGCUGGUAUUAGGUGUGGGUGGUGCUGCUGUCCUGGGUAUCGCGACCCUGGCUGUGAAGCGGCUUAUUGACCGUGCUACCAGCCCACCCGACAAGGACGAUGUCAAAGCAGAGCAGAAGUCCAUUGAGGAAAGCUGGCAGGAGCUGAGUUUGCUCAAGGCCUCAACUAGACCCCAGCCAAAGCAAAGGCGAAAUGACCUCAGCCAGCCACAGCCCUCCUCAGCCCAGGCUCCUCAUGCCCCAGAACCAGAACCACCCAGAGAUCCCAUGGCCGUGGCUUCGUCCAAACUCAGCCCCAGUGCCCCGACACCAUUAUGCCUUACACUGCAGGAGAGACUCCUCAUGUACUAUCAGAACCAUGUGGUUGUCUCUGAAUCUGACAUCACCCUGGCCAAACAGCUGGCUGGUGACAUUGCCCAUGAGUUGCAGAAUUUCCUGCGCAGUAAAUUCCCAGAGCUGCCUUUCGGGGACCUAUCUCCAAAUAGCACCCUGCAUGAUGGGCUGGAGGCCGUGGCUGCCGACCGCACUUGCCUGCUAGUGCCACUGGUGCUAGAGCCCAACUUGUGGAACUUCAUUCCUGGAGAAGACACCAUUGCCAAUGAUCCUUCCUACUGGAUGAUUCGAAGGACUCAACUGGAAUACUUUCCCCGAGGGAGUAGCCCCUGGGACCGGUUCAUGGUAGGUGGCUACCUCUCCUCUAACAUCAUCCUUGAGGUGCUCCGGAAGGUCCUGGUAGGCUCUGUCAACUGGCCAGCCAUUGGCGGCAUGCUGGAUUGCCUCAUCCGCCCCGGAGUGGUCUCGGAGGAGCUCCUGUUGGAGGUUCAGCACGACCAGUUGGAGCUAAGUAUUGUCAUCUUUCCCACUGCAGAGAGUGAGGACAGGGCCCUACUGGCCAAGCCUCAGGAGGGACUGUUGGAAAACCUUUGGCAGCAGGACUUCUACAAAGCUGAGGUCUCCAAGCUGCAGGAGCUAGAUAGUGCAGAUUCUGGUGCUCGAUGCCUGUGUCUCCAGCUCCUGCAAGGGAUCUGCAGGCACCAUCCUUCACUGAACAGGCUGAGCGUAAGCCACUUGGCACAGGUCAUCCUCCACCUCAGCGAGUCACAGACAGACUGGGCCCAGGAUUCCUUAGCAGAUCGGUUCCUACAGGUGAUCGUGGAGCUGAUUGGCUACCUGGAGGAGGGGUCCCUCCCCUGCUAUUUUAAUCAGCACAUCAAUCUAUUUAGCAGAUUGCAGGAAGAGGAGAUAGAUGACAUGGGCUUUGCUCUGUAUAGUGCCGUGACAGCACCAGAGCUCUUGUUAUCAUAGGCAGAAAGGGUUAAUGAAAUGUGAUCUUGGAAGAUUUUUUUAAAUGCUUAGCUCCUUCAGCUCUGGAAGUCUAAGGGGACAACUAAAGAGUUCUCUUAUUUUCCAGCCAGCCCAAGGUGGACAUUUUGGAGAAAUAAAAAGCCGGUACAUUUCUUAAGCACACUGAGUUGGCAGCUGUCUUGGGCGUGGAUUGGAACAAACUUAGGGUUCUGUGCCUCCGAGUUCACUUAGAUGUUACCACAGCUCAGGAGCCUCACAAUGAGCAGUCAGCCAAAUCCAGUUGAUGGUGACUAGGCCGCCCACCUCUCUUCACUUGAUUCUUUUCCCUUGGGACAGCCCCAUUUUGGAAAGACAAAGCCCUGAGUCUUGGACAGAGACUGGACAACCUUUCUAUCUCUAUCUUAGGUGGCAGGCAAGAAGAUUCCCUUCCCCCAUAUUGUAAACCCAAAUCCAUACUUGGCCCCUGGGACCACAGGACAAGUGUCUCUGGGUUGGUUACAAAAUACAUUGUGUCACCAGCACUGAAAUGAUUAUAUGAAAAUCCUGAAGAGUGAUGGGAGGGGGAGGAAAUGAGACCUUUUUUUUUUACGAAAGAGAAAAUUAUUUGCACCAGUGACCCAAUUAUAAUGGUAGACUGAUGCUCCAAAUUUUCUAGGGACAGAGUAAAGACAAGAGUACGGUUUGCCUAAGGGGUGAGGAAUUCAAAAUGGCUAGUAUUCUAAGCCUCUCUGAAGGAAGCAAACAUUUUACUCUUUGGCCAUCUUAUGCCAAGUGCAGUUUUUUGUUUUUUGUUUUUUAAUUGUAUAAGAGGCUCUAGCCAACUUUUACCUUCAAGCCAUUCAGCCUGGCUGUGGUAGGCAGCCAGAUUCUCUUGCAUGCUUUGGUCUAAUAGAGAUCUCAUCUUCCUUCAGAUAGAGCUUUCUCCAGUGGGAUUUGUAUAGCAUGAGGUGGCCCCCAACCAAGAGCUGAAGUCCUUGAUGCUGUGUGUCUUGCCUUUGAAAAAGAAGUGUUUUCUAGUGGCUGCUAUUAAUUUGGGUACUAAGAGCAUUACGCAGAAAUGAAGUUUUCAAAAAGGCCUUGUUUUCAGAACCAGGCCAUUUGUGUGCCAAAAUGCAUUGUUCACAGUUAAUAUGUGACUCCUUUCAACUGAGCAAAGUUGAUUAUCAGAGGGGGGAGGUUUUUUUCCUCUGAGCACUGAAAUGCCUGUCGUCUUAAUGUGUCUUUGGUCUUCCCCCCUGCUGGAAGAAGUCAGUUUCUCAAAGAAUGUGACGGAGAAUAAAGGAGAAAAAUAAUCUCA